GUGGCCGGGGGCGACAUGGCGGAGGAACAGGACCUGUCCGAGGUGGAGCUGAGCCCCGUGGGCUCCGAGGAGCCCCGCUGCCUGUCCCCAGGGAGCGCGCCCUCGCUGGGGCCCGACGGCGGCGGCGGCGGCUCGGGCCUGCGGGCCAGCCCGGGGCCCGGAGAGCUGGGUAAGGUCAAGAAGGAGCAGCAGGACGGCGAGGCAGACGACGACAAGUUCCCCGUGUGCAUCCGCGAGGCCGUCAGCCAGGUGCUCAGCGGCUACGACUGGACGCUGGUGCCCAUGCCCGUGCGCGUCAACGGCGCCAGCAAGAGCAAGCCUCACGUCAAGCGGCCCAUGAACGCCUUCAUGGUGUGGGCUCAGGCGGCGCGCAGGAAGCUGGCCGAUCAGUACCCGCACCUGCACAACGCCGAGCUUAGCAAGACGCUGGGCAAGCUCUGGAGGUUGCUGAAUGAGAGCGAUAAGCGCCCCUUUAUUGAGGAGGCUGAGCGACUCCGCAUGCAGCACAAGAAGGACCACCCGGACUACAAGUAUCAGCCCCGGCGGCGGAAGAACGGGAAGGCGGCUCAGGGGGAGGCAGAGUGCCCAGGCGGGGAGGCCGAGCAGGGUGGGGCGGCCACCAUCCAGGCCCACUACAAGAGUGCCCACCUGGACCACCGGCACCCGGGAGAGGGCUCCCCAAUGUCAGAUGGGAACCCUGAGCACCCCUCAGGCCAGAGCCACGGCCCACCGACCCCUCCAACCACCCCAAAGACAGAGCUGCAGUCGGGCAAGGCAGACUCCAAGCGGGAUGGGCGCUCCCUGGGGGAGGGUGGGAAGCCUCACAUCGACUUCGGCAAUGUGGACAUUGGUGAGAUCAGCCACGAGGUAAUGUCUAACAUGGAGACCUUUGAUGUGGCUGAGUUGGACCAGUACCUGCCGCCCAAUGGGCACCCAGGCCACGUGGGCAGCUACUCGGCAGCUGGCUAUGGGCUGGGCAGCGCCCUGGCUGUGGCCAGCGGACACUCUGCCUGGAUCUCCAAGCCACCAGGUGUGGCUCUGCCCACAGUCUCACCACCUGGAGUGGAUGCCAAAGCCCAGGUGAAGACGGAGACCGCGGGGCCCCAGGCACCCCCGCACUACACCGACCAGCCAUCCACUUCUCAGAUUGCCUACACCUCCCUCAGCCUGCCCCACUACGGCUCCGCCUUCCCCUCCAUCUCCCGCCCCCAGUUCGACUAUUCUGACCAUCAGCCCUCAGGACCCUAUUAUGGCCACUCAGGCCAGGCCUCUGGCCUCUACUCGGCCUUCUCUUACAUGGGGCCCUCGCAACGGCCCCUCUACACAGCCAUCUCUGACCCCAGCCCCUCAGGGCCCCAGUCCCACAGCCCCACACACUGGGAGCAGCCAGUAUACACGACGCUGUCCCGGCCUUAAAGGGGACCCUGUCACUACCACCCCCUGCCAGGCCCCUCCUGGGUACCACAUC